AUGGGCUCCGGGGCUUGGCUCCGGCUGCUCCUCACCCUCGCCGCUCUUGGGGGUAUGUGGGGGAUCAGUGCCCGGGUGACGCAGCUGGGGACUCUGGGGAAACCGACAAUCCUGCGGAUCCCCCGCAAGCUGUGGGAGCCCACCAAAGAGUUCAAGGAAGCCUCCUGGAAGAAAAUCACCGAGGAGCCGCUCAAGAAGAAACUCCUGCUGAAGAUUUCGGGCGAGAACCACACGGCGUUCGAGCCGGAGCGGAUGCGCUUAGGGGAGAACUUUUCCCUGAAAAUCCUCAACACCAGCCGGGAUGACGGGCGGCUCUACGAGUACAGCGUCUACCGGGGCUCGGACGAGGAGGUCUGGCAGAUCCAGCUGGAAGUGCUUGAGCCGGUGGCCGUUCCCAGCAUCCGGAUCCUGCGCCAGGAAUCGUCCAACGGGAGCUGCUGGCUGGAGCUGAGCUGCUCCUCGGAGCGGGGGGACGAGGUUUCCUACAGCUGGGACAGCGGGGACAGCGGGGACAGCCGGGACAGCAACGGCACCGGGGCGCACUGCCGGGCCAACGGCAGCGUCCUGAGGCUCCGGUUCCCGCUGCGGAGCGCGGCCUUCGGCUGCGUCUGCACCGCCCGCAAUCCCGUCAGCUCCCACAACGCCACCUUCGACGCCGACCAGUGCGGAUCCCUGCACGGGGGUGUCCCCGGGGUGAGGACAGAGCUCCUGGUGCCUCUGGUGGUGCUCGGUGUCAUCGUCAUCAUCGCCAUCGUGGUCAUUGUCACCUGCAGGGCCACCCGCUCGGCCAAAUGUGACCCAGAGUCCUCCCAGGUCACCCCGGACCCCUCCCAGGUCACUCCGGCCAGCGCCACCAUCUACGCCCAGGUGCAGCGGGUGCAGAAGCCCAAAGGCACCGUCCCCAACGCCACCCCCGUGUCCUGCACCACCAUCUACGCCGCCGCCACCGGGCCACCCCCGACCCCCAAUGGAGCCCCCCGGUCCCCGGCCGUGUCCCCAACCCCGCGGGGACGCCCCCCGCUGUCCCAGGAGCCUACAACGGUUUAUGCCAGCGUGACCCAUCCCGUGGCCUGA